UUGGUUUUACUCUUUUCAUCCGAAUCAUAUUUUGUGUAAGUUAAUUCUUUCUAUUGUCAUUUGAGUGGCGAAAAGUUAGAUUUGUGCUCAAAUUGAUUGACCCGCAUGUUUGUAUUAAACUCCUGGCCAGAUGGGUAUUUCAUUAAGUUGUUCGCAGCUAGGUUACGACUGGUAACCCUUUCUUGUGCUAACUGUUACACCCCUAUAUACUGAUUUGGCACCUAGGAACAUGUUCCAGUCAUUCGAAAGUCGUGCGUAACUGUACGAACAUCUUUAUGAAACACCGACCAGGAUAUGAAAUAUUAUACUUUUCAGCAUAUCUGUUAAGUACCGGCACAAAUGUAUUUCAGCAGAAAAUAGCCCAUCAAUUCUUCUAAAAAAUGACUGAUGAUUGUUGAAAUGUACUAAAGUUACUUCACCCUUUUCAAGAUUCCAAGUCCAGAAAUAUAUCCCAUGUUUGUGGUGGCUCACCAAUCACCGUCAUAUCAAUACAGUGCGUAUGAAAUUGCUAGUCGACCAGGAAAAAAUAUUAACCCUUUCUUGUGCAGAUCAUUUUCUUAGGCAAAUCUGCACUUUCUUUGUAAUAGUUUCAUUUUUAGAUCGGAUUAAACUUUGUAAAGGGGUCUAUAGUUUUUAUUUAAAAGAAAAAAAUUAAGAAGAAAUAAAAUGUGGUACCCGCCGGGUGGAAAUCCGUGUAUCGCUUACAGACAGAACCAUUCAAAGAAUGACCACGGCGAUUUCGAUGACGACCAUCAUGGCCAUGAUGACGACCAUGAUACGUUUGUUGUUCAUAGAUACGGUUUCGAGGAUGAUUACGACAUGGAUGUUUCCAUAGACUCGAUCGUCAGCAAGCCCGUUGAGAUUUUCCUUUUCGUAUUCCUGCUCAUCGUGAUCAUCGUCGGUGUCGUCGGUAACUUUCUUAUCCUCGUCAUCGUCUUCACCCAGAGGAAGAACCGGACGACAUCCAGUUGCUAUGUUGCAAGUCUUGCUUUCACCGACAUCAUAGUGCUGCUAACGUGUGGGGUUCUCCAUUGUGUUGUCACGACGUCAUUCGCUUUCGACCUCGAUAUUGUCGAGAUUCCGUCUUGGAUGUAUCAAUCAUUUCUAUUCAUUCACAUGGUUUCCAAAGGAGUGACCUGUUACACCUUAGUCGCACUGACGAUCGACCGAUAUCUCCAUAUCGUUCAUCCGAUCUUGUCUCGAAGAUAUCGUAGUAUCCGGCAUGCCGUGGUCGUCAGCUUGGCAGUCUGGAUCGGUUCUCUACUCUAUUCCUGUAUCAUCAGCAUAUUGAGAUUCGACGAGCUUGUCGUCUACGCGAUUGUUUUUCUUACCGAGUACGUCUUCCCCCUCAUCGUCAGCGUGACAUUCUACGUCAUCAUCAUCCGCAAAUUCUGGCAACCGGGACCGCACAUCAUUUCAUUACGACGAGGAAGCAACGGGGAAGACGAAAACCGGCGACAGAAAAUCGGCCUGCUCCGAAUGGUCCUCGUCGCCCUGGUCGUCUUCGGGGUCACCGUUGGAGUCCACCACGGCAUGCAGUUUAGCGUCAUCAUCAUCUCGAAGAAUUGCGAACGAAGCCGCAGCCACGGUGAGGUCAACGUCUUGACGUUUUUUUCACAUACUGCCCUCUUCGUCAACAGCGCGUUGAAUCCAUUUGUGUAUGGACUGACGAAUUCCCUGUACGCUAGUGCUCUGACAUCGUUGCUGUGUUUCUGGCGUACGCAACCAAGGAAGUUAGUGUUUAAGACCGUACCCGAGAUUUAUCGAAUGUUCUCGAAGGCGACGAUUUUCUUGGGGAAAUCAUCAGGGGAGAUGAACAUGAGUGACUCAAAUGGUAACCAAGGAUAUACGGAGGAGAAAGUAGAUUCUUCAGUUUCAGAAGUUUCUUUGUAAUUUCAAUCCACUUUCCCCAUUCUGCCAUAUCUAAAUUCCUCUUUUGUAUAUAACGGAAUUCAAGAUAUGCCUAGGCCUUUUUUAUGUUCAUAUUGGGUUUCGAUGUCAAUAUUAAAACAAUAGCUCAGUCGGUAGAGCGGGGAUUUCGGAUUCCGGUGACCCGAGUUCGAUUCCCAUUUGGUGAGCUAGUGCCCUUUGGUAAGGCAUUCAUCCUCAUUACCACGUCCCUCGGAGAGGACUUUAAGCCGUUGGUACCAACGGCUUAAGAGGGACCUGUCCCUUGGUUGCUUGCUCACAGGCAUUCGUGCUUUCUUAGCAGUCUGGUAAAAAACCUCGGUAUAACGAAAUUAUAUGUAAUUUUCUUCAAAGAAAGUAUUAAGAACCAAGGAUAUAGCCUUGUGUUACUCCAAAUGAAUGGGCAGUAUUAAGUAAUUUGUAGGGAAAAAAUAUAUUUGGAGGUAUAUUCAUAAAACUCCGUCUGACUGAAAAUAAAAUUUCGUGAUUUCAUGAUGUUUU